UCUGACUCUGACUCUCGCUCUCGCUCUCACUCUGACUCUGACUCUCACUCUCGCUCUCACUCUGACUCUGACUCUCGCUCUGACUCUCACUUUCGCUCUCGCUCUGACUCUGACUCUCGCUCUGACUCUCGCUCUGACUCUCGCUCUGACUCUCGCUCUCACUCUCGCUCUCACUCUCGCUCUCACUCUGACUCUCACUCUGACUCUGACUCUCGCUCUCACUCUCGCUCUGACUCUGGCUCUCACUCUCACUCUCGCUCUCACUCUGACUCUCGCUCUCGCUCUCACUCUCGCUCUCGCUCUGACUCUCGCUCUGACUCUCGCUCUGACUCUCGCUCUCAUGACUCUCGCUCUCGCUCUCACUCUCGCUCUCACUCUCGCUCUCACUCUGACUCUCGCUCUCACUCUCGCUCUCACUCUCGCUCUCACUCUGACUCUCGCUCUGACUCUCGCUCUCGCUCUGACUCUCGCUCUCGCUCUCACUCUCGCUCUCACUCUCGCUCUCGCUCUCGCUCUGACUCUCGCUCUCACUCUCGC